AUGUCACCACAACGAACAGCACAAUUCCAAUGGCAAGAACACGAAGAAAAUGAGGCCUCUUAUCAUCAUCGCAUUCUGGAGUUGGAUGAUUCUGAGAACAAAGAAGUUAAAACUUCGUCGAUCGAUACAACACCGUUGGGCUCUGCUUCGUCUUCGAGGUCUUCAUCGUCUGGAAGGAACUCGAAGAAGUGGAUAUUCUUCAAGGAUCUAUUAUACAGAAGCAAAAGCGAAGGUAGAGGCAACAAAAAGAAGUUCUGGUCAUCGAUCACGUUCACUUGCUCAUCAUCUUCAACGGACGAGAAGGAAAAGAAUCGCAAGGAAACGGAAAUGCAAAAGCAAAAGCGAAGCAAACCGAUCGCCAAAAAACCAACGAACGGCAUCGAAAAGCGUAGGGUUCCGCCGUCGGCUCGCGAGUUGCAUUACAGUGCGAAUAGAGCACAGGCGGAGGAGAUGAAGAAGAAGACCUUCUUGCCCUACCGGCAAGGAUUGGUCGGAUGUCUAGGGCUGUGCCCUUAA